ACUCCUCAUAGUCACAUCACUGCUGUAGUUGCAGGUAGUUCAGCAGAGCAGGUGAGUUCGCUUCACUUUGUGUCAUCUGCAGCAACAAUUAAAUGUGUUGUGAGCUUGAUUCCAUCAUUUUCUACAGCUCGUGUGUGUUUACUGGGUUCAUUCAGAGGGUGAGGACCAGUUUGAGUUUAAUAUGAGAUGACUGAGGGUGAUCCUCGCGUCCACAGGCUUAAAGGGGUAGUUUGAGAGUAAACUCAACUCUUUUCAUCAUAUGUUUUCAAGAGGCUUAAGAGUUUGAGGAUGUAUAAAGGGAAUUGGAAGCACCUUCUUCAAAACAGUGAUGAACGAUCACAUUAAAUGUCCGAACCUUUCGUUAAACCUCAAACCUACAAAACGGUUUUGUUUGAUCAAUUUCAUAACCAAUGAACAGAAACCUUAUCACAGGCCUGGAAUUCCUUCAGGAGGAGCUGCUGAUACAGCUGUGAAUGUGACUCACCGUCUCAGAGAAACAACCAUCACAAUAAAGUUAAUAUUAGCUGGUUUCUAUGAAGACGUAUCUGCGGUUCGUUUCAGAUGUUUUCUCUCUGUAGCGAGUUUCUGAUUUUUCACCAGAGUUGUGCAGUUUAGAAUAUUCCACUUGUUUUACCUGCAGGGGUGUAAAGGAUGCCUGGACCCGUCGCUAAGGACCCAGAGGGGACUGUGGUCGGUGUGAGCAUGUUUCCACUGGACCAGGUCCUGGCUGCCCUUCGCUUUGGUCCCAUUGGCUCCACUGUGUUCAAGAGCCCGAUGCAGACGGACGUGAUGGCAGCUCUUGGGGUCUUGGUGGGACUGUUUAACGCUGGUCUGGGGUCGGGACGGACAAGCACACGACCUGGAGAUUUGGCUGAUCUGAGAGCUGCCUACUGGCUCGGCGCUGUGUACAUCAUUGCUGGAAUCGUAUCACUUAUUUCUGGACAGUUUGCUGCCGCCUGCUGGGUCGGCUUCACGGCCUUGGUGAACAUUGUGGCAGCCAUCUUUGCCAUCGUUGGCGUUGUGCUGUACGUCAUCGACCUGGGAGACGCUUCUCUUGUCUGGAUCUGUAACCUGAGCGGCCGCAGUCUUCAUGAUCAUGAUGGCAGCUGUGUGUAUGUGGCACAUUUUGCCCAGAGUUUGUUGACAGCCAUGGACAUCACCUUGAUCGUCCUGGCUGUGCUCCAGCUGUGUGUCUGCAUUAGCAUGGCUGUUCUGUGCAUCAGGGCUUUGGUCGGAUUGGAGGAAGAAGAGGUUGAAGACGAUUUCCAGCCGAUGUGUGAGGACCAGAACCAGUGAAUCAAAACACAACAAUGUUCUGCAUGAGACACAGAAGCUGUAAUCAUUUAUUGUAACUGCUGAACGGAAUCAGACGCAUGUUUAUAUGUUAAGUAUUAACUCUGGUGUCAUUUGGUGUGAUUGAUAUUGCUUUUUCCGUAAAUGAUCUUUCAGCGUGUCCGUUAUGUUUUAUAGUUUAAAUAAACAGGAAACUAUCUAAGGAUCUAAUAGAGUUGACUUGAUUGAUUUUACUGGUUAUUAUAACACAACCAUGAUGCAUCUGCAUAUUUAGGAUGUAUUGUUUUUUCUUUGACUCUGCUUUUAAAGACAUAAUAUCCAAUAACUGUUUUCAAUAGCUCUGUCUGUGAUGACAUGAUUGACCACUUGGUGGUGUACAUUCUCUUAAAGUCACAUGUUCCUGCGUCAUAAACCAUCCAACUGUUUUAUGUUUUAUGUGGCCCGCUAACACGUUUCAAUGUGGUUUAAAAUGUUUUGAUAUAUCUUAUGUACAGUAAACAUGCACCUUUAGUCUGACUUUUAUAAAAUACCUACAUGAAAUCUGUUGUGAGCUGAAAGUCCAAAUACCUUUUCAAAGGUUUAGGUUGUCGGCCACUAAACAAACAGCAGACACUAAGAGGCACCUGUCUGAGUAUCUGUGAGCUUUAAUAUUAGAGCAGGUGCCACGAUGCACGAGCUGAUUCAUGAAUUCCUGUUGCUCAACACAGUCACAAACAUACGGAGCAGAUUAGGGCAAAGCCGCAGGUAUGUCUGUGUUUAAUGUAUUAUCACCUCUGACUGGACGAAGACGUCCACGUAUGAGCAGCUGGUUUCACUCAGUUGGACGACAGCGUUCACAUUGUUCAAAGAGUGAAUCAUUACGUGUGAAUAUAUUAUAUGUCAUAAAUGUGACAGAUCUG